UCAAUAUGGAUUACUUUCGCUCAGUAAACGUCAACAACAUGGCAGAUUCAAUGAAAAAAUUUGGUGCCCAAACAGCAACCUUCUUCUCAAGAGCAAAGCAGUAUACAGAGGAACAACUUGGAACUUCCGAGAAGACGGUUUUUGAUGCACGAUUUGAGUCCCUAGUUGAGAAAGCAGAUCGCACUAAAUAUUGGACAGAACGCUUGCUGCGGCAAACAGAGGCACUGCUUCAACCUAACCCAGGUUUCAGAGCUGAAGAGUUUGUGUAUCAAAAGCUAGACAAACCAAAACCUCCUCGUCUGACAGAGAGUGAAGCACUGGGCCAGUCCAUGAUUGAGGCUGGAAACGACUUUGGCCCUGGAACUAGUUAUGGCAGUGCACUGGUAAAAUGUGGAGCAACAGAGAAAAAGCUCGGCCAGGCAGAACGCGAUUUAAAAGCCAAGUCCAUGUCCAAUUUCCUUCAUCAACUGAAGAUAUUUUUGGAAGGAGACAUGAAGACAAUUGCAAAAGAAAAGAGAACCCUACUUGCCAAAAGAUUAGACCUGGAUGCUUGCAAAGCUAAGGUGAAAAAGGCCCAGAGUCCUGAGAAAAUACAACAAGCAGAGGCAGAUUUGAGGGUAUGUCAGGGAGAGUUUGACAGACAGUAUGAAGUGACAAAGUUACUGCUGGAUGGAAUCAGCACUGCUCAUGCCAACCAUCACAGAGCACUGAUGAAUUUUGUCGAGGCCCAAGCACAGUAUUAUGCACAGUGCCAUGCAUACAUGACAGAGCUACAGAAGCAACUGGCAAGUCCUCCAGGUGAAGCAGCUUUAUCUUUUGUUUCUCCUUCUACACCUUCCCUUUCUGACACCUCUGGUGGUUUGGAUCUGAACACUGUUCCUCGGCCAUCUCUGACCCAAAAGGCCAAAGUGUUGUAUGAUUACGACGCAGCAGACAAGAAUGAGCUCUCAUUGCUUGCUGACGAGGUGAUCACGGUUUACAGUGCACCUGGACUGGACUCCGAUUGGAUGAUUGGCGAGAGGGGAAGUCAAAAAGGAAAAGUACCGCUAACUUAUUUAGAACUGCUUAGCUAAGUGUAAUUAGUAAGUAUGAUAGAAAAGAUGGUAGAUUUACAGAAAACGGUAUAAAUAUGUAAUUGGUCUGUAAUGAAAUUCUUUCAGACAGGUUAGAUUGGUGGACAGAAUUUGUUUGUUGAGUACGGGUUAUGUAGUUCGAAUGAAAGAAAUUACUAUUUUUUAAAAGAAGUUGUCGGUCAAUUGCCUGUUACUGCACAGCGUCCAGGUGAUGGUAUUAUAUGUCAUGUUGAUCAAAACGCAUGGACAGACACUAGUACUUAAGUAGGAUGAUAUUUAAAUUUCCAAAAAUCCACAGAAGAAUUUGCUUGAUUUUUGCGUGACACCUCCUAGAAUGCGAGGAAGAGAAAUGGUUGGUAAAGUGCGUCUAAGAAACCUGACAAAAUAAAACGCCUCUGAAUUGGAGAACAAUUAAAACUUUUAAAUUAAUCCCUAUUUACAUUAGUCAGUAGAAAAUAAUUAUGCCAGCAGGGUUGGGAGGCAGAAAUUGUCUCGAGUUGGUUACCGGGUCAACGUCAAGUAUUCUGAAAGGGGCUGUAAGGGCUGAUUCUUAGCAUUCGAGUGGUUGAGAAAAUUUCCAAGUAUUUAUAAUGCCUCACUUUAGGAUUUCAUUUCGAAAACAUAAAUUCGUCAGAGACCUGUAAGAGUGGUGUAGAAUGUUCUUCUUUUUCCGUUACUGGACCUUACAGAGGCUACGAUCUUAUGUUUUUGCAUUUGAAGCGUUUUCAAUUAACUUUUCGUGUGCCAAUCAACUAAAAAAGGAAAUUGUUUUGAGUGAGGACCCUUAUAUUGAAAUUGUUUAUUUUGAGGCAGUAGAGUUACUCAAAAGGCUUCUAAGAAUAAACCAAACAAAUUUUAAUUUAUAGAAUAUGCACGAGAGCCUAGAACCGAGGUAUUUUGUCCAAAGCCUGAAAAUUAAAAUAUCGAAGUUGGGAUCCUUUUUGUUGAGUUGAAGUAGGAACUUGUUAUUUAGAUAACACGUAAGCUUUUUUCCUGCGUAGCUUAAUUUAUUACGUAUUUCCCGCUGAUUGUUUUACCGUAGAGAAACGCGAAACGUGAACGGUAAUUUACGGUAACGUUAUCAAAGGUAAUCCGGAGAUCAUAGUAUCAAAGGUAAUCCGGGAUUUGUUUUAUUUGUUUUGUUCUGUUUUUUUUUUUUAUUAUUAUUAUUCUUAUUAUUUAUGUACCUGCUCUACUUUGCUCUCUGGUUGAUUCAGAAAACUCGCGUCAACCUGUCAAUCAGUCAGAUGCAAACUAAAACCAAUCACAGCUCAUUCAUUGGCGUUCGCCCCGCUCGUCAAGCAGUUUGCUUGAUUUUUACCCUAAGUCCUCCUCAUUGGCUUUCCUGAAAUUUUUCAUCGUUCUCAUUGGCCGUUUAUUAAUUUGGUUUUUGGUGUUAUUAAACUUUAUCAAGAGCGCUCUUACAUCUAGAGCUACAGAUUCGUAGAUGUGCUUUCGUCUGGGGCACUUCAUAUGUAAACAAGUGUGUUGUCCAUCACGGAGAACACUUCGAACGCAUUGUGGUACAGAACGGGCCCCAGAAAAGGGUUCAGUGGUCAUUAAGGCCUAUUAUAGCCUACGAUUAUGGGAUCGCUUAUAUGAUGUUAAUAGCUGAAGGGAGAGAAAUUAACUAAAUAAUUAAAUUCAAGUCAGAGAAUGACUGCAUUGUCUUCGGAGAAAUAAAAUAAUUUUUUUGAAAUUAG